AUGAACCAGGAGCGUAGAUCUGCCGAGUAUGCAUCUGAGCAGACAACGCACACAACAGCCUUGACGGAGCCCCACCAAAAUGGCACCGAUAUAUCAACCAAGCACAAUGUCUUCUCCGACAUGAAGGACAAAUUUAUGAAUGAACUGAGCAAACUACCAAUUCCUCCAUGGGCUCUGGCCACCAUUCUUAUUGUGGCUGGGCUGCUGCUACUAUGCUGUUGUUUCUGCAUCUGUAAGAAGUGUUGUGGCAAGAAAAAAAAAGGCAAGAAAGGCAAAGAUAAGGUGAAGGCGCAAAUUAACAUGAAGGAGGUAAAAGACUUGGGAAAAAGCUACAUUGAUAAGGUGCAACCAGAUGUUGAAGACCUGGAUCCUUCUCUAUUAGAUGGAAAAGAAGAAAAGCCACAGGAGAAGUUAGGAAAGCUGCAGUACUCCCUGGACUAUGACUUCCAAACUGGACAGCUGGUUGUAGGAAUAAUACAAGCUGCAGAUUUACCAGCAUUGGACAUUGGUGGGACUUCUGACCCCUACGUCAAAGUAUUUCUCCUGCCAGAUAAAAAGAAGAAGUAUGAAACAAAAGUGCAUCGCAAGACUCUCAAUCCAACCUUCAAUGAGUCUUUCACCUUUAAGAUUCCUUAUGCAGAACUUGGAGGAAAGACAUUAGUGAUGUCGGUAUAUGAUUUUGAUCGAUUCUCUAAACAUGAUGCCAUUGGUGAAGCCCGAGUACAUAUGAACACCGUGGACCUGGCUCAUGUCAUUGAGGAAUGGCAGGAUCUCCAGUCUGCUGAAAAAGAAGAGCAAGAAAAGUUGGGAGACAUUUGCUUUUCUCUGAGAUAUGUGCCCACCGCAGGGAAGCUUACUGUGAUUGUGCUGGAAGCCAAGAAUCUGAAGAAGAUGGAUGUAGGAGGACUUUCAGAUCCAUAUGUAAAGAUUCAUCUGAUGCAGAAUGGCAAGAGGCUAAAAAAGAAAAAGACAACCAUUAAGAAAAACACCCUGAAUCCCUAUUAUAAUGAGUCGUUCAGUUUUGAAGUUCCAUUUGAACAAAUCCAGAAAGUGCAAGUGGUUCUCACAGUACUUGACUAUGACAAACUGGGCAAAAACGAAGCUAUCGGAAAGGUCUUUGUGGGCUGCAACGGUACAGGGACUGAGCUCCGUCACUGGUCCGAUAUGUUAGCUAACCCCAGAAGGCCUAUCGCUCAGUGGCACACUCUACAGCCAGAGGAGGAAGUGGAUGGUGCCCUUGGAUUGAAGACCUCAUGA